UAUGCCUCUCGUUUCUUCCAUUCCAGCAGCAGCACGUUUCUUAAUUUCCUUGAUCUCUCCCUUUUCUUACCAAAUCCAAACAGUGAACACCAAGUUAUGCCAGUACUUCAUCAUGAACUUGGUUCCUCCUCAGUUUCCGGACAAACUGUUUGCGUCACCGGCGCAGGCGGCUUCAUUGCCUCAUGGAUCGUGAAUCUUCUCCUAGAUAGAGGCUACACUGUUAAAGGGACUGUGAGAAAUCCAGAGGACCCAAAGAAUGCUCAUUUGAAAGAGCUUGAUGGAGCAAAGGAGAGGUUAACUUUAUGGAAAGCUGAUCUUCUUGAUUACGAGAGCCUCAAGGCAGCCAUUAAUGGGUGUGCUGGAGUUUUUCACACCGCGUCACCCGUGACCGAUGAUCCCGAACAAAUGUUGGAGCCGGCCGUGAAUGGGACGAAGAACGUAAUCAUGGCAGCGGCAGAGGCCAAAGUGCGACGGGUGGUAUUCACAUCAUCAAUCGGCUCGGUGUACAUGGACCCUACUAGGAAUCCAAAUGUCGUGGUUGAUGAAUCUUGUUGGAGUGACCUCGACUUUUGCAAGAACACCAAGAAUUGGUAUUGCUAUGGGAAGGCAGUGGCAGAGCAGGCAGCAUGGGAGGAGUCGAAGGAGAAAGGGGUGGAUAUGGUGGCGGUGAAUCCGGCGUUGGUGAUAGGACCAUUGUUGCAGCCAACAGUGAAUGCAAGCAUUAUUCAUAUCCUCAAAUACCUGACUGGAUCUGCUAAAACAUAUGCAAACUCCGUUCAAGCUUAUGUCCAUGUCAGGGAUGUUGCCCUUGCUCACAUUCUCGUUUUCGAGACUCCCUCUGCGUCUGGACGAUACCUUUGUGCUGAGAGCGUGCUUCACCGUGGAGAUGUCGUCGAAAUUCUUCUCAACUUCUUCCCAGAGUAUCCAAUUCCAACCAAGUGUUCGGAUGAAAAGAACCCGAGAGCAAAACCCUACAAAUUCUCCAACCAAAAGCUGAAGGACUUGGGUUUAGAGUUCACCCCGGUGAAGCAGUCCCUAUACGAGACCGUCGAGAGCUUGCAGCAGAAGGCCAUCCUUCCUGUCCCUAAACAGCAAGAAGUUUCUGAUCUCUUAAUCCAGCAGUAGUCUUUAAAAUAAAUAAUUAUAUUCUAAGAUCUCUACAUCAUGCAUACACCAUCUGACAUAAUUUGAUUUGGAUCGAUAAAUUUUAAAUUUUUCAAAUCAAAUUUAUAUUCCUCGUGGAUGGUUUGUAGUAGUGUAGAGACUUUAGUUAUUGCCUCCAUUUUCUUCAGCGGUAUAAGUAGUACUGUAAUUGCCAGUCGAAAUACAUACAUACAUACAUACAUAUGAAAGAAGUGCAAGCAUAUACGCAUAUAUAUAUAUAUAUAUAUAUAUAUAUUAAUGGAUCGGACUGCUUAAUAUUGAUCAGAUGAUCGAUGCUGAUUGACGAUUUGUGUAAAAUAAAACUAUAAUAUGAAAGUUCGCAUGAUGUACUAUUAAUUCAUUCUUC